AACAAGACGUCGCUGUUAACGAUUACAAACAAACGGGCAUACACGAGAAUUCAGUUUUCAAUUCUAUUAAAUCAUUUCACGUGACAUCCAACUAUUCAGUUGAUGUGAUGCAUGAUAUUUUUGAGGGCGUAUGCCACUAUAACAUGUGUCACAUCAUUCGACAUAUUAUUGAAAAGAAGUUUUUCUCAAAUUUGGAGACUUUCAACGACCGAAUUAACUCGUUUAAUUACGGAGAAAUUGAGAUCGGAAACAUUUCACAGUCACCAAUUACGAAUGACAAUUUAAAAAAUAUGCAUUUAAAGAAAACCGCGCGUGAAAUGAUGACUUUUGUUUAUCAUUUUCCCCUAAUUGUAGCCGAUCGUAUUCCUGAAAAAGACGAAAUCUGGAUUUUCUUCUUAAAUUUCGUAGAAAUCAUAGAUAUUCUUUUGGAUUUCAAUAUUUCGAAUGACAUGAUUGAUCACCUUGCUGAACUUAUAAGACAACACCAUCUUGACUAUGUAAAGUUGUUCAAGGAUACUCUUAAACCAAAACAUCAUUUUAUGGUGCAUUACCCAUUGGUAUUUCGUAUGUCGGGCGUGCCGCGAAAUUUUUGGUGUUUCCAAUUCGAAGCCAAACAUAAGGAAUUCAAGAAAUAUGCGCGAGUCAUUAACUGUCGAAAGAACAUUCCACUCACAUUAUCAAUUAAAUUUCAAUUAAAAUUUGCACAAUCGAUAUUAAAUGAGACUUCUUCUGAUCUUGUGACUUUCUCUGAUUGUCACAUGCUUGAUACUUCCCACUUUGAAUUGAUAAAUGAUUACAAAGUACGUCAGGGAAUCCACUCAGAUUUCUCAAGUUUCUCACAAUGCGUCUAUUACGGCAAACUAUUCAAAAAAGGUUACUUCAUUUCACAAUGUCUCGAUAAUGCAAUAGAAAAUGCGUAUAUAUUUCGUAUAAAAGAGGUAGUUAAGUUUUCCGAGCCAACUUUUCCGUAUUUAGUAUGCGAACGUGUUCAAAUAAUUGCUUAUCGAAAACACUACGCUGCAAUCGAAAUUGGCAAUGCCACUACACCAAUUCAAUACUUAUCUCAUCAUUUACUACGAAUAGAUAAUUGCAAAAGUCCUCCAAUAAAUGUUUAUAAAAUAUCUCGUGGUUUAAUGAUGAUAAGACCAAAAAUAAUAUAUUAAUUAUUAAGAAAUUCCCAUUGCUUCCAGUUCCAACAAAAUUUAAAAAAAAUGGACGAAUCACAAUCACGUUCAACGUCACCUGUGGAGAAAAAUACGAUAAGUGAAUUAAAACAAACAGAAACACCGGUCAAUAUUAUCCCACAAACAGAAACACCGGUCAACAUUAUCCCAUCUAGUCAAGUACUUCUAUCGACUACAAAUUACGUUUUGGUUCGAGAUGACAGUAAAUUAUUACUAAAUGAUUUGUCAUCGCCAGAUAACAAAUCAAUAAGUAUUCAAGAGCAAUCAGAUGAUCAAUCAGGUGUGGAAAACGUUUCAUUCACAGAAUUGAUAAGUUCUUAUUGCUCCAAUGAUGAUGACAAUGAGGUGGAAGCUCUCAAAACUCUUUUGAAUGAAUGGAAAAUCCCAAAUAUGUUUCACCAACUUUUUAUUGAUGAAAAUCUUUUUGUACCGGUGUUGCAAGUGGCAAACGAAUUUUUCAUGAAGAGGUUUUUACAAACUUUAAAUAUAACAACCGCGAGUAGGAUUGUUUUCUUUGAUAAGUGGUUUCAAUGGAAAACCGAACGGUAUACAUCUUUAUCUAAUACUCCGUCUUUAGUUUCUACACCAACGACUAGUGUAGCGUCACCUUCAUCUACCACAGCAUCAGUGAGCAAAAGUUUGAUAGAUAUUUUAAACUGUAAAGAUGGACAAACAAUUAAAGAUUAUUAUGACGAAAAUAAAAACAUAGACAAUAAAUCUGUUCGUAAGUUGCUCACCGACACAAUUUUGAGUUACGCCAGAAUAAAUAACGUACAUUUCUCGUCGAACGAUUUGAUAAAGCUUUCAGAUGAAAUAUAA